GAUGACAGCCCACCUCCAUCACCCGGAAACACAAUCACAGUCGCUGUCAUUUGGCAUCGCGCUUCCAACAUGGCGGUGAAUCUCACAGACCUCUCCCUGCCUCAAUUAGAGGGACUGAAAACCCAAUUAGAUCAGGAGAUCGAGUUCUUGACGUCUUCAAUAGGUCAGCUCAAAGUUGUCCAGACGAAAUAUGUUGAAGCAAAAGAUAGUAUGAACGUCCUGAACAAAAACAACAAGGGAAAAGAAUUGCUCGUGCCACUUACCAGCUCUAUGUACGUCCCUGGAACAUUAAAUGACGUGGAACAUGUUUUAGUGGAUGUGGGGACAGGAUACUAUGUUGAAAAGAAUGUGGGAGAGACAAAGGCGUUCUUCAAACGCAAAAUAGACUUCCUUACAAAGCAGAUAGAGAAAAUUCAGCCAGCCCUUCAGGAAAAACAUGCCAUGAAACAAGCUGUGAUUGAAGUAAUGAAUGUGAAGAUCCAGCAACUGCAACAAAGUCAGCAGGCAUCACAGAUGGUUGGGCCCACCAAGGCGUAACAAGAAAACCUGUUUAAACUCUUCAUGAUUUAGGGAAAGGGGGAUUUUUAAGUUUGUGUGCAAGUAACUCACAUCUGUAGGACAAGAAAAUGCCCUCUACUAAUCUAAUGAAGUCAUGUUAAAUACUGAAGAAAAAAAAAAAUUGUUUUUGCUUUCUAUCUGAAAUAAGUGCAUAAACCUUGUCACCAGUAAAUUAUAAGUAGGCUAUUGUUACAGUAAAGCAAUUAUGUGUACUUAGUCAAUUUUAAGUCAAUUUAUUUGGGUGUCCGAUUAGUUUGCGUAAUUAAAGAGGUCGCUGUGCAUUUAAAAAA